AUGGCCGUCAAGCGCGCGUAUAUAUAUGUCCGCUCCGCACCCGCACCACUCACCAUUCCGGCCCGUCUCCACCCUGAAUGCUCAACACCACACCCAUCUCGUCAGCCCGCAACCGAGCCAGAGCGCAAGCGAAGGAGAAGGGAGCGCGCGGCAGAGAUGGAGAAGGAGAAGGGGGUGGGAGCGGCGGAGGUGGCGGCGGAGAAGGGGAAGGCAGCGGCGGCGCCGGCGGCGGAGUCAGAGGCGGCGGAGGGCGAGAUCGUCCCGCUCAAGUCCAGCGACGGGCUCAUCUUCGAGGUGCCAGCGGAGGUGGCGAAGCAGUUCAAGGCCAUCGCCGACAAGGCCUGCGCCGCCGACGACGACGGCACCAUCCCGCUCCCCAACGUCGACGGGCGCACCCUCUGCAGGGUCAUCGAGUACGGCCUUGAGCACCACCGGAUGAACGACCACCCCGACGACGACAUCCGCAGCAGCUUGGACUGGGACGACGAGUUCGUCAGCACCCUCGACGUCGUCGGCCUCGAAGCCGUGAUGGCGGCCGCCCAGCACCUCGGCUACGAGCGGCUCCUCCGCCGCUGCCGCAAGGCGGUCCGCGACAUGAUGGUGGGCAAGACCGGCGAGGAGAUCCUCGCGACCUUCGGACUCGAGAACGAAUUCACCCCGGAGGAGGCGGAGAUCGCCGCCAAGUACGCCGCGAACGUCGAGGACGACUAGCACGCGCGCCGGCCUCCCCACGCCGUACGUUCCUCAGCUUUACCUACUCUCCACGAUCGAUCUGAUAGUUUUGUCCGGUAGAAUCGGUUCGAAUCGACUUGCUGAUGAACCUCCGUGCCUCGUCGAUCAUGUCUGUCAAUAUGAAC